AUGAAAUUGUCUUAUUGCAUCCUGCUUCUUGCUGCCUUUGCUGGUCUCCAAGUCUCCGCUGCUCCUGGCAGCACCAAGUGUGUCUCUGGAUCUGCUGGUCUUGGUAAUGGUGAUGGCUAUAAGGGUUACUGCUGUAAUGAUUCCGACGAUUGUAAGGACGCCUGUGUAAAGGGUGUCUGUGUUGGACCCUCUGCCCCUACAAAGACUACAACUACCUCUGGUAGCAAGCCUACUUCCGGCACAUGUAUUUCCGGAUCUACUGGUCUUGGUAAAGGGGACGGUUACAAAGGCUACUGUUGUGAUAAUAGUGAUGAUUGUCAAGACACUUGUAUCAAGGGCGUCUGCAAUGGUCCUUCUGCUCCUAGCAAGACUACUACAACCACAGCCACAAAAACAGCUACAAAAACAACUACAACUUCUGGUACCCAACCUACUUCUACCUGUGCACCUGGCUCUUAUGGUCUCAGUAAUGGUGAUGGCCAAGGUGGAGAUUGUUGCAAGACCAAUGACGAUUGUAAGAAUGCUUGUAUCAAGGGUGUCUGUAACGGCCCCAAACCUAGUGGCACACCUGAACCAUGCAAAAAGGGCUAUGCUGGAUUGGCUGAAGGCAAUGGUCCUCUCAAUGCCUGUUGUGAAACUAGUGACGAUUGCCAGGAAGCUUGUGUCAGAGGUAGAUGCACUGCUCCCUAA